AUGAGCAGCACCCCCAUCCAGGACCCGGCUGCCGAGGAUCUGUCCUCUGGCAGCGGGCAGACGUUUCCCUGCCGAACCUUACAGCCCACCUCUGAUCCCUCCGCGUCCAAACGAUUAUGCUUCUACAAAAGUGGUGACUAUAAAUUCAGCGGGCAUCGCAUGGUCAUCAAUGGCCGCACCUUCAAGACGUUCGAUGCCCUGCUGGACGUGCUGUCCAAUAAAGUGCCUCUGCCAUUUGGAGUGAGGACCAUCACCACACCUCGCGGGAUCCACCUCGUGAAAGGUCUGGAUGACUUUCACGAUGGGGGAUCCUAUGUGUGCUCUGAUCAGAAACGGGUGAAGCCACUAAACUUGGCUGAGGUGAACCGGCGGCAGGUACCGUGGAAUACCACCAGACCCCUCAGCACUGGGCGGCGGAGACGUAUCCAGCUCGGUCAGUUUGGCAGGAGGAAGGAGUUCGCCAACAGGCCGGCAAAGGUCACCGACAGGGUGACAUUGCGGACACCGAAAAGACUUGUGGUCAUCAAGAACAAGGAUCCCACAGUUAAAUCCACAAUUGUAUUGCAGAGAAGAACGGCACCGACGUUUGAUGCUCUGCUGGAUUACCUUUCUCAGAUCCUGCAGUUCCCGGUGUUGAAACUCUUCUCCACCGACGGAAGAAGAGUUGACGGUCUUGCUGCACUUAUCCUGUGCUCCGGAGUGGUUGUGGCUGCGGGAAAUGAGUCAUUCAGAUUAGGAAACAACAGUUUUAACAGAGGGGGCCAGACGGCACAGGCCUUGUACAUGGAAAACCCGGAUCCUUCUAUGCUGCAGCCCAGAACUCAAAACAACAAAUCCUUCUCAAGUGGAAGAGGCUCGAGGAACUUCUCCCUAUCGUCGGAGCGAUACGUUAUCAACCAGAUCAACAAGUCUCGAGAUGGAAGCAUGAACGGCCGCCUGCAUCACCACAACGAAUCGUUUGACACCGAGGUCAACCAGCGAGGGAGGGGAGAGAAUGGGCAUCAUACCUGUAUCAUACCUCAAGACGACGACAUUGAAAAGUCUUUUCGUGUGAAUCAAGACGGCAGCAUGACUGUAGAAAUGAAAGUGCGUCUGACCAUUAAAGAGGAGGAGAUGCUCCACUGGACCACCACACUCAGCCGCCACUGCCUUAGCAAGAGGACAGUUUGUGCCUCCAUUUCCGAGUCGGCCAACAGCUCACCUGACUCAAACAACGCCGUAGCCAAAGACUCUUCCAGCAUCAGCGAAGGUGACAGCAAAGAAGAAAACCAUGCCAAUGGAGCUGGAAGGGGUGUCUGCUUCGACGACAACCACGUGUACAAGAACUACAACUCAAAAGCUUUGGGAAGAUCCAAAACGAUCAAACGCACUCCUACGCCAGGUCCUCGACACGUUAAGAAGACGGCGUCUGUUGAGAGCGUGAAGAUGGUGACGGAGUCGGGGAUUCAAGAGAGCAGACUGGGACAUUAUUCCUACAUGGAGAAGACGGCCGAUGGUGAGACAACCGAGGGAUACUGCGUUGUUAGACACAGCAGCAGCAGCAGCAGCCGGCCAAUCCCAAAACCUCGGAAAACGGCCUCUGCUGGAAAAGGCAACAAAGGCUCCCACUCGUCCAUCAGGUCGUCAGGAGUUGCUGAGGUCCUUCAGAUACAGAGUAACGGGAUGGAGGUUACAGAAACUGUCAUGCAUAUCUAUGAAAGUCAAAACUGCUAUGACAACUAUUCUGCAAAUGAGGACUAUAGCGCAGAUGGCGCACCUUUGCAUGGUUCCACCUCAGGGCCAAAUAGCAAGUCGUCCACAGGGCCACGUUCAUCCAGCAAUGACUGUGAUAUUGAUUUUAGCAGGCAGCCACCCGAUGCUGACUCACUACGACUGAGAGAGGAGAUGUUGUCGUUGUCAUCAGAACCAAUAUCUCCAACUCAUGAGAUUACGAACAAUCUGCCUACAGUGACUGAGGACGAUGCUCAAACAGCAACAAACUCCCAGAUUGAGGAUACAGUAAAAAGGGACAAAACUCCUAAAAGUGAGAAGAAUAAAAAGAUGACUAAACCUGCUGUGAAUCACAAUAGUUCAACUUCAAAAAGUAGCAAAAAUUCAACUGACAAGCUGAGCAGCAAUACCCGUGUGGGGAAAAAGAGUUUGGGUUCAUCAGAAAGUGCUAAAAGUGUCCAUAAAGGUAAAGAAGCGGAAAAUAAAGAAGCAAAGCUUCCGUCUAAGAAAACAAUUAAAGUUGAAAAGAAGCCCAGGAAAAGCUCCGCCUUAUUAGACAAAACGGAAAGUGUCAAAAUAACCCCACCUAAGAGACAAAGCCUGAAUAAAGUAGCUGCUAGAGAUAAUGGCCACAAUGUAAACACUCCGAGUGGGAGGCCUCAAAUGAAAAAGAACAUCUCAGAUAUAUUACAACCUAAAAAAGCACCUCUGCAGACCAGGAAAACAAUGAGUAAACCCAAAUCCAUGACAGAGAACAAAACGUCAUCACCUAAAAAGUCUUUGGAGACAAGCGAGAGUGUUUCAAUGCCUUCCCUGAACCCUACGCCCUCUGAAAUCCACCAAUAUGUCGAGAACUGGUUGGAGACAGUGGGCCAAGAACAGGCGCCGUAUACCGAGGCAAUUCCAGAAGAUUCUGAACCUCCGUCAACGGUGAUGUUUCAGAUAGGCGGUGGGUCGGAAUCAGAUGAAAAGAAUGGACAUCAGAAUGAUUUAGCUGAAUAUAUCCCACUUUCCGGGGAUAAUGUAAAGAAAUCUGCCUCUUGUCUAAUGGUUCCUCUUUACAAAGGAGAGGCAGAAGCAUCUUUGUUGCACAGUGUUUCUAUGCCAAGUGUCCGAGUGGAUCCUGGGUACCAGGACAACCAACUGAGGGCACAUAAAUCUGCAGAGGCCAUCGACCCCACUGGCUGCGAGUCAACCUCAACUACGUCCAACAUUUUAACUCCCAAAGAAAAUUUAACACCCGUCCUUCAAAAGCUGUGUUCCUCCAUUCAGAACAUCAGAAGGGCGUCAGACACCAACACGACAUAUAACCUUGAGAAGUCCAACAGCCUCCCGGAUUUCUCAACACAGGUAGCGUCAGUGUUCGGCUCGUCGUGCAAAGCAUUUCUGUCCUUCUUGUCGGUCAUGACUCUGAGAGAUGACCCAGCAGGCUCUGCUCCCAACGUAUGUGACCAAUCAAGAAGCACCUCAGAGGCCAUGCUAAUGAUGCAGUCUCUAAUGAAAAUCUCUGCCAUCGAGGACAAAGAAGAGCUGAGUGUGAGUCUGACAAACCUGCAGAGCAGCACAUCUUCACUGUUCAGAGAACGAUGGAAGAAUUUCCAGAUUUUGAGGGAACGGCUUGAAAGUGAGCCACUUUCUCCCAAAGUUUCUGAAACCGAGUUUGCCCUGGACCUUGACUCUGAAGGUGGGGAUAUAUUUGAGAAUGAACAUCUGACUCUAGAUGAGCUGAUGGAGGAGCUGAAUAUGCCUCAAGACCUCAGAUCAGAAAUUUCCUCAACAAUCCACCAAGAUAGAAGUUUUUACGCUCCGGAGGAGAGCACUUUGGUAGAAACUGAAAGAAACCAGUCGGACUCGGAGGAAGAUUUGGAGAAGUUUGUUGAUGAAUCCAAUGAUGAAGCAAAUUCAACUGAUCCUGAUGAUACACGUGGAGAUGAAAACUUUGCAGAAAGAAAAAUGGAUAAUGAUGAUGGAGAUAGAAAGUCAGAUCAACAAGCUGAUGAAGUUCAGGAACUGGGCAGUGAUUUGAAAGAUUCAGAGGCUUCACAGACAGAACAAGAUGAGGCAAUGAAAGAUGAAGAAGAUAAAGACAAGGUAGAGGAGGAUAGGGAAGACAAGAAGGCAGGAGAGGAUGGAGAAAUGAAUGAGACAAAUGAUGAUGGUAAAGAGGAGGCAGCAAUGGAGGAUGUUGAAGGGCAGAAAGCAGAGAAAGAAAGUGUUGAGGAAUCAGUUGAGAAAGAAAAGGAAGGAACAGAGGAAGAGAUGACAGCAGAUGAGGAUGAGGAAAUGGAGAAAUUAGAAGAAGGAGGGGAAGGAGUGGUUGAGGAGACAGUGGAAGGACUGUUGGACGAAGAAGAUCCAGAGGAAAGAGAGUACAACAGCAUAGAAGAGACAGAGGAGAGAAAAGGUGUUGAUGAGACGGAGGAGGAAGAGAGAGGAGGGACGGAUAGGGUUGAAGAAGAGGCAGAUGAGGAAGAAAUUUGGGAUGAGGGGAAGCAAGUGAAGGCUGAAGAAGGAGAAGACCAUAAGGAGAAAGAUGAAAAUAUUGUUGAAGAGCAGGAGGAAGAGGAGGAAGAGGAGAUCGAAGGACAAGCAGUUACAGAGUACGAUGUAGAAGAAGAGUUGGAGAAGGUCAUUGAGGAGACAGAAGAGGAAGAGGAGGUAGAAAACAUCUUGGACAUAGAAGAAGAGGUGGAUGUGGUUAGUGAGGAUUUCGACGAAGAAGCAGAUAAAGUUAGGGAAGAGAAAGAUGAGGAAGAGGAGGUAGAUAAUGUAACCGAAGAGGUAGACGAGGAAGAGGAUGAGGAGGAUAAUGAGGAAGAUGAAGAGGAGGAGGAGAAAGAAAGGAAUCUGGUUUGCAGAAAAAGCAAUGAAGAGGAAGAGGAGGAUAAUGAGGAAGAGGAGGAGGCGGAGGAGAAAGAGGAGAAAGAAGGGAAUCUGGUUUGCAGAGAAAGCAAUGAAGAGGAAGAGGAAGAGGAGGAUGAUGGUGCUGAGGUUGAAGAAGAAAGGGUGAUCACAGAUGAGUCAGUUGAAGAAAAUGAGGUACAGGAGUUUGAGACUGAAGUGGAGAGGAAAGAAAACGAGGGAUCAGACCAGGUCGAAAAACAAGAAUCAAAAGAAGAGGUGGAAGAAGGACAUGUUUCUGAGGACGCAGACAGUUUUGAAGAUGAUACCAGUAACAACUUGCUGGAAGAGGCCUCCUUUUUGCAGCAGAGCAGUCACGAGCAAGCGAACGCAGAGUGUGACAGUGAAUCACCGACCCAAUAUUCCUCUGAGGGGCAGUGUGAGUUCACUAAAGGCAGCGGAACAGACAACGAGCCCGAAACAGACGAGGGAGGGGAGCGUCGUGAGGAGAACAGCCUGAUCCAUCCUGUGGAAAUAUCCCAGGAGUUACUCGACUUUGUCAACUCUGCUCUGCAGUCGUCUUCGCUCACUUUCUCGUACGACGCCCAGGGGAACAUCAGGAUAGAGACGGAUCACGCUCGAGUUGUACAAACUAUGCCAACUCUUUUUCCUAAUAGAAGAAAGGACAGUUCUUACGGCUUGAAACGUCUCCCGAGCCCAAACACGUCUGAUUUAUCUGAUUACAGACCAGAGACCUCGGAGAGUGGUGGGUAUCAGACUCAGGAGUCUGUAGAUCUUGUUUCAGAGAGUGGAGACGAGGCCUCAGAGAGAUCCUCUCCAGCCUUAACACCUGAGAACGAUUUAUUGUCUCGUGCAAGUACUGCAGAAGUCUUACAAAGUUCCAGGAUCAAAAGUGAAGAGAGUUUCUCUUCCAAUGAUUCGGGCACCAAAGCUUCAAAAGAGGAUCUGUCUUAUUUUAGUGCAGCAAGCUCAUUAAAGGCAGAUGCCGAAGCUGGGCCAGUGGCCACACAGCCCGUCUCCCUCAGCUCAGAGAAGGACAACGGCGAUGGGGUUUUGAUUGAUCAAGGGAGAUGGCUGCUCAAGGAGAACCACCUCAUAAGAAAAUCCCCUCCGGUCGCCCUGGGAAUGUACGGUAACAUUGACAGCACGUCCACCGACACGGCUCAGGAGAACGCCGGUGAGGACUCUCCGCUUCACCAUAAGAUCCAGCCCAACCCCCUCGUAGACAUAUCCUCUUCAGAGCUCGAGGAUAUGGCGAAGCCUCCAACUCCGAAGUGCACCUACUACAACAUGCCACACGGGAGUGACUCGGAUCCCUUCCUGGACAAUUACAGUGUGCACAGUGUGAAAAAGGACACGAGCAGUGGGAUGGGAAGAAGCUUCAGGGUGUCGCCAAGUAUCGAUACUUCCAAAAACUGGACAAAUAAAAUCGGCAGUCCAUCUUCAUUUACAUCAGUUGAGUUCAGAUUACCAGAUGGGAGAAUUCAUCCUGAGGGGGGGGCCCCGGCUGUGACACAGCCAAGAAGGACAUCUAGUGGGGGCGGCAGUGCACUGCAAGCACAGAACUCCCCGGAGACACUGCUUGUGAGAUGUGGACAAUACUGCCCCAUACUAUGA